UGCCGUGUAUACAAAGCAAAGUCAACUGUGUCGCAGUGCAUCAAAAACAAUUUAUUUAUACUUUACUUCUAUAAAUAAAUUUUGUUUUCAUUUUGCAUGAAACAGACUCAUGUGAACGUCAUGCGCACUAUAAUUGGCUCAUCUAAUCAUAUUGCGCACUAUGCAGACUAUAAAAAUGUCUGUAAUAUUUGAAAACGGGCAGUUCAUUUCAUGAGUUCAUAGUGUAAAGAAGUGUGUUAUACACUAUAAUUUUGUGAAAUUAUGUAAAUAUUUAUUGUAUUGUAUUAUUGUCUUACGCUUGUCACUCUUCAUAUUUAUAUUAUUUAAAUUAUUAUACACUUUGUGGAGUUAUUAAUAUUAUAAUAUACGGAAGACCGAAGCAGCAUUAACCCUUUCGCUCCUAACGCCGGAUGUAUCCAGCAUCCACAUAAUAGCCUUCCGGGGACGAACGCCGGAUAUAUCUGGCAUCCAAAUAAUAACUCCCCGAAGAUGAACGCUGGAUAUAUCCGGCAUGCACGAUGUGACCAUUUCGACGAUUUCUUCCAUAUGAUUGAUAUGUGUUUAUGGAAUUCAUAUUGUCUAUAUAAAUUGAAAACCAGCAAAACAAUAUCAACUGCAAAAUUUCAACUGAAAUUACUAGAAUUUUAAAGAAAUAUUAGAAAAAACAACCCAUCAUCCUAUUACACCCGGAAAUAAUCACUCAUCAAGACUCAACGGAAGACAUUUUCCUUCACUUUAUGAAGCUACAGGAAAAAAUAGAUCACGAAGAAUGAUUCUAUUUGACCCAUGGAAUGUUAUACUGUUGCUAUAUGCAACAUUCACUGCUCGUAACCUUCUACAAACUCCGGUUCUACUAACUUCGGAAGAAAUGGAAGUGAAAGAGAAGAUUGUAAAUAUGCUCACAGACAUGGAAAAUAAAAUGAACAUUCUGGAAGAGGAGAAAACACUUGAUUUCUAUGAUACAAAUGAGACCCUACAGGCGAAAAGAGUUGAUUUGUUGGAGCAUGAUGAAGAUGAGGAUUAUCUUCCAGAAGAAGUUAUUUGUAUUGAUGUUGAAGCAGAAAUAUCAAGUGAUUAUAAAAGGAAAGCUGUGGAAUUCUGGAAGAGCGGUAAAAUAAGACCAAGAACGAUUGAAGGAGUUAGACGAAGGUACAAAAAAGUUACAUCAAUUCGACAAUUACGACGAUGGGAGGACUAUAUCAAUGCAGGUGGUAGCAGAAAUGAAAAAUUAAAAGCAAUUUCUGAAUAUACAUUAAACCGUUUCGCUGAAGCACUUGAAAAAGGAGUCAUUAUUCAUGAUAUUAACAUUGUUCGAUGGGCUAAUGGAGCACAAGAAGAGGAAAAUAUGCCUGGAUUCAUAGCAUCACCUAGCUGGGUACAAAGAUUCAAAAAGAAACAUAAUAUUGUGUCUAGGAAAAUAACCAAAUUUGUCAUGAAAAAUCCUUGUUAUCCAAACCAGAGUUAGAAAAUAAAUGCGAUACAUUUAUUACAAAUGUCAAAUAUUAUAUUGAUCGAUACGGGGUGGAAAAUAUCUACAAUUCAAAUCAGAGUGGGUUCCAAUUAGAACUUCACACCGGUCGUACCUUAGCACAAAAAGGUACAAAGAAAAUAGAAUCCGUAGUGUAAUCUGUAUCAGCAACCACGCAUAGUUAUACCAUACAGCCAACUAUUUCCGCUGAUGGUAGAUUAUUGUCGCCUCUGUUAAUUGUAUUAAAAAAACCAACAGGAACGUUCGGUCCGCGAGUACAGGAAAAUUUAUUCAAUGCUCCUAAUAUUUUUGUAAUGGCUUCCGGUAAUCAGGUAAAAUGACAUCAGAUUAUAUGAAAACCUGGUUGAGAGAAAUAUUUUUUCCGAAUGUCGGGCCAUCCGAAUGUCGGGCAAUCCGUAUUAUUAUUAGAUUCAUGGAAUGGACAUUGUCCCAAUGUAAUUCAGGAAACUAGAUUGGAUUUUACAUCAGAUAUUGUUUUCCUAACCAUUCCGGCCGGUACAACGGGAAAAAUACAACCAUUAGAUGUAUAUGGCUUUCGAUUAUGGAAAAAUUUUAUUAAACAUUUUUCUGAUAUUGAAAUGCUAUUAGACCGCAAUUGAUCUUCAUGUUAGAAACAAUAUUUAAAAACUGCAGUCAUUAACGCACCAUCAAUUCUCGUCAUCCAGGUUUCACAAUUUAUUUAAAUAUGCGUGGAUUAAAAGUGGAUAUUUACAGAGUAGGCCAGGCGAAUUCGAAACACCGGUUGAGUUUCCAAAAUGAUUCUAAAAUAAAAUGCGGUGUUUGUGGCGAAACUGUCAUAAUUAUUUGCUCUUGGUGCAAAAAAUCACUUUGUAUCACACAUUUUUUCCAUGAUCACCACCUUUGCAACGAAUAUGUGCCAUAAAUGUAACAUUUAUUUUUCGUUUAUAUGCAAAUACUGUAUUGAUUUGUUUAUUACUAUUGUGAAAUAUAUAUAAUAACGUGUU